AUGGAGAGGAACGAGAUAAGGGGAGGGACAGUGGCUGUGGCCAUCGACCGAGAAAAGCCGAGCCACCUCGCUCUCAAAUGGGCCGUCGAGCAUUACAUACCGCGGAGCUGGUCCAUAAAGCUCGUCCACGUCGUCCAGAGAUCGACACCGAGCAACGAUGGACCUCUCCCCGACGACGACGAAUCCGAGAGAAAGAACAAUGCCAGAAGAAGCUCUGAUCUUAUGUUUCCUGCGCUUCGCUGCCUUUGUCUACGGAGAAACAUACAAAGCGAAGUGGUGUUACUGGAGGGACAAGAUGUGGCGAAAGCAUUGGUGGAAUACAUCGCUCAGAAUUGCAUCGGUACAUUUGUGUUAGGUGCCAGCGUAAAGAGGAGCAUUACCAGGCUAUUCAAGGGAGAAGACAUUCCAAGUAAUGUUAUCAGAUGGGCACCGGAUUACUGCAGUGUUCUUGUUGUAUCAAAGGGAAAGCUCUCAAGCGUACGGUCCGCAACCCGUCAAAUACCUCGAUCGUUCCCGACAUCCGCUGCUCGAGACACUUCCUCGUCACCCCAUCUCGUUACCGUUCACGAGGCUCCCUCUGAGAUGUCAUUGUCUAGAGAAGAUUAUGUUUUGCUGGAGAUUUCAUCUCUGGAUCCCGAUACCGAUUCUGCUGCAGGGAUAAGCACGGAUAGUUCGCUCUUAUCGUUCUACAAGAACCUCGGGUCUCGAAACAUGUCGGGGAUUUCUCGUGUAGCGAGUAUGGAUUUGAAGCUCCAUGAGAAAUCCAAGUUUUCGGUUGAUCUUUCCGGCUCUCUUGAUAUGCCAUCAAUCUCAGAAUGGGCUCCAAAAAUAGAUGCAUCCUUGGGAAAUGAGGAGGAGGUUGAGUUCGAGACGAGACGAGUGAAACUCGAGCUGAAGCAGAUGACGGAAAUGUAUCACGUCGCAUGCAGAGAAGCAUCAGCGGCAAAACAGAAGGCUUCGGAGCUCGAGACGUGGAAAAAGAAAGCGGAGAAAAGGAUUCGGAUGGCUGAAGAGAUGACAAUGGCGAUUGUCGAGAUGGAGAGAUCGAAACGCAAGGAAGCGCUCGAGAAGGCGGGAACGGCUCAGAGGCUCGUAGAUAUCGAUGUUCGGAGAAGGGUCGAUGCCGAGAAAAAGGCGGCGGUGGAAAUUUACGAGAGGAGAACGGUUUUAGAAGCUGUCGGAAAGUCUCGGAUCGUUAAGAAAGAGAGCUUACUCUAUAUCUCGGUCGUUCUGUUUCUGUUGUAUCUGUAUUUCUCUAUGUUCAAAUGAAGAGAAAUAACUCUGAAACAAAAAAAAAAAAUGUCUUCUCCCGACAUAGAUUUUGUGGAUAGGAGCUUGUUUUUGUUGAAA